AAUGUUAAAAAUAGAUUAAAAGAUGAAACAUUAGAUCUUAGCUUGUGCGACCAAGAAGUGCCUGUUCGAGAAUCGUAUGCAACUAUCAAAAAAGCAACAAUUUUGGAUUUAUCAAAUAAUCUCUUAACAUUUUUACCUAAUACUUUUGUUGAUCUUAAACAAAUAGUUAAAUUGGAUCUUAGUAAAAAUAUGUUGACAGAAAUCCCUGAAAAUUUUGGAGAAUUGAGACAACUAAAACAUUUGGAUCUUUAUGCAAAUCAAAUAAGCAGAUUACCACUUAGUUUAAGUGAAUUAAAAAAUUUAAGAUGGUUAGAUUUAAAAGAAAAUCCUUUAACUCUUGCUGUAGCUAGUGUUGCUGGUCCUUGUAGUAAUUUGAGUGAAUGUCAAGCUUGUGCUCGCAAUAUUGUUUCUUAUUUAUCAUAUGUUAAAGUUACUAUUGAAGAAGAAAAAUUACGAAGAUUGAAUGCUACUAUUACAGUAGAUACAGAAACAGACACCAUAUCAACGAAAAAAGGAGGAAAAAGAAAAAAAAAGAAACUAUUGGAAAAAAAUAAUAAACAAAAUUUAGAUAAGAAUGGAUUUAAUCUCAUAAAUAAAGUAAAACAAAUAGAUGAAAAUAAAAUAGAACCUCCAAAAUUGACACUCAAUAAUCAAAUUAAUAAAGAACAUGGAUUUAAAGAAAAUGUAUAUCAAUUCUUUGUGUCCAUGAUCUUAUGGGUUUUUCUUUUGGGUUUAAUAUUUACACUAAUGCUUAUGAUUCUUCCAUUGUAUUCAAAACAAUCAGAAUUGUUUAUAAAUUAUAUAGAAACUAACACAGGUGUAUCUUUAAAGGAAUUUCAAAAAUAUAAUACUAAUGUACUUUAUUCUCUUAAACAAAUUGUAAUUAAUAUUUACGAUAAUUUAUAUUUUAUCUAUGAAAAAAAUUUUAAAACGAAAACCGAUAUUCCAAUGAAAUAAUACGCAUUUUAAGUAUUAUGAAAAAAAUUAAGAUUCUUAAGUAUAUAAAUUUCAAUGAUCAAAUUUAUUGAAUGUAAUAAUUUUAUAAGAAGUAGAUGUAGAAUAUAAUUGAUGAAUAAAAUUUAUUAUCGUUGAUACUUCUAAAAUCAAUGAGGAAUCGAAUGUCUUUAUAUUAUGUUAUAUUAAAAUCACAUAUGUGAAUCAAAAAAUGUUAUUUAUUUUGAAGAAUAAAAGAUUAAUACAGAUAUAUUAAAA